CCCGUCGCGCGCGCGCCCGGGGCGAGGGAGAAGCGUUCCGAACCAUGGCAUCCGCGCUCGCGCCCGCCGCGCCCGUUCCUCCCGCGGUGGCGAGGUUCUCGAGGAGAGAAGGACGGAGACGAGCGACCCGCGCCCCCGUAGCGUCGUCCGCCUCCGCCCGAGUCGACACCGACGCCGACGUCAUCGCCAACCACGAGCGCAUCUUGGGUACCCGGGACGCCCCGAAGGACACCGUGCUGAUGUUCAGCUACGGCGCGAACAUCAACCCGUACACCCUGAACCGCCGCGGCAUCGGUCCCAGCGCCAGCGCCGUCGCCAGGGCCCCGGGACGCAGGCUGGUCUUCAUCCAUCGCGGGGGGUACGCGUCCCUGGAGGAGGCUGUCGACGAAGACGCGAAAACAGCGGGGCUCGGCGAACGCACGCGCGGCGCGCUCGGGACCGUGCACCGCAUAUCCAAGACGGAGCUCGCCGCGGUGCGCCGGUGGGAGAUCGGAUACGAGAUGAGGGAGAUCGACGUCGUCGUCGCCGACCCCCCGGGGUACCGAGCGGGCGACGAGGAUGGGGAUGAGGAUGGGGAUGGGGACGGCGAGGAGCACGGCGUCGGAAGCGGCGGCGGCGGCGACGACGCGCGGGAGGAGGACGAGGGGGCCGCCGAGGAUGACCUGGCGCCGGGCGAGCGACGCGUCCGCGCGACGGUGUUCCUGACGAAGAGGACCGCGCGGUUGAAGACGCCGGUGGUGCCGUUUGCCGAGUACGUCGCCAAGAUUGUGGACGGCGCGGAGUCGAUGCGGCUGGACGAGGGGUACGUCGCGGAGCUCAGGGCGUUGGCGUCGAAGGCGCCCGCGUCGAACGAGCGGGGACGGGAGUACUUCGACAUCGCCGCGGAGUGGUCGGAGGAUUACGGGUUCGGGUUUGGGGCGAUGUUCAAGAGGAAAUAGGUAGGGGUCGCCGGGUGAAAGUUGUGUGACUGGCUGGGCCGCG